CCUCUACCCGGCACAACACCUCAGCUUGACAGGCGACGAUCGACACCAUGUCGUUCUCACAGUCGUACAAGGCUGCUGCCUCCCUGCACUCGACCUCCCCGCCCAUCCGUCCCUCAGUGCCCGUACACGCCAUGCCCACGGUCGCUUUGGUCCUCCUCCUCGCAACUUUCUUUGGCGCUUUCUUCUUCACUACCUUGCCGAAACGUGGCGCCCUCCCCUCGGAGCUGGCUGUCGCUAUCGCUACAUCGAUCUGCGCUGGUGGCGGUGUCGUGGCGCUUUUCAAUGCUGUCGGAGUGUAUGUGUAGAGAGAAGAGGGUGAGACGGUGAGCCGGUGAGGAGACUAACGCGCAGGGAGGACGGAUACCACACAAGGAGAGGAGCCGAUGAGCAGCGAGAGAUUGGGAGAGGAGUGGUUUGGGCAGUGGUGUGCAAUUUGAGAAGGACAGGGUGGCCCAGAUCGAGGCCACUGAUAGACAAGGUCAGUUGCACAGGCAGGCAGGCUCACUGUCGUGAUGCCUCGAUGCUGGGGUCGAGAGGCAUAUCUGUACAUUAUAUGAAUCACACAAGGCCCCAGUGGCCUCUAUUCGAGACGAGAUGUCAGAGCUGGGUCGACGGACAUCGAC